AUGGCGAACUUUGUUCCUGCCGGGUACGAAGAUGAAUAUUCGGAUGAUUCUGAUGAUUUUGCCUUCAAUUAUUAUAACAACAAAAGAUCUACAAAUAAAUCCUCCAUAGUAGUUCCUGAUGCAGGGGAUGUCAGUCAAAACUGGGAAUCUUAUGAUGAUUGGAACAACCAGACUGUAAACCCCAAUGAAAAUUGGGAGACAGGGGAUGAUUGGAAUACUGAUCAAAUGUAUGAUAAGAAUGAAACAUUCCCUCCAGUGGAUCUAUCCUCCAAAUUACAAAACAAUGUUAAACUACCCAUUGAUGAUCUUCGGAUUGCUAUCUUAAAUGGAGAUCUGGAAACUACUCGGCAAUACAUAAACAGUGGUGUUGAUGUUGAUAUUAUUCUAAAAUCUAACUGGACCCCUUUGAUGUAUGCUUCAAAUGCUGGACAUCCAGAAAUUGUUGAGUAUUUGUUAGAGAGAGGAGCUAAUGUAAAUUAUAAUAAAGCGGAAAUGUUCACACCUUUGAUGGCAGCAUGUAUGUCCAAUAACAAAGAACACAAUGUAGUGCAGUGUAUUGUCCACUUAGUAAAGCAUGGAGCUUCUGUUAAUUCUAUAGACAGAUUUCAUUCAACUGCCUUAAUGCAUGCAGCUAACAGUGGACACCUGUUAGCCCUGCAGAAACUUUUGGAAUAUGAAGCUGACCCUAAUCUUGUUGAUACUCAUGGAUGGACUGCCUUAUUCUAUGCUGCCAACAGUGGCUACAUGUCUCUGGUUACUGAACUGAAGAAGGUUGGAGUUAACAUUAAGCACAGAGAUAACCGAAAAGAUUCAGCUGCUGAUAUUGCUUAUUCCCGGACUUUUGACCAGAUUGCAGCUUUCCUUGAUGAUAUUUACAAAGAAACAAAUGAUAAGCUGUCAGCCACUGAAAACAUUGAAUCUGAUCCUUGUAUGGAAAGAACUGAAAUGCUUGAACGUUAUGGGGAAUUGGAAUUGUUUUUGCAUGGACUUGAACUUGGUUCAUUCAUUGAACUGUUUCAUCGACAUCAGGUUUCCUUUCACCAGUUGUUGCAACUUACAGACAGUGAUCUAGAAAAAAUAGGUGUCAUGAAAGUUGGUGCUCGGAAAAAGAUAGUUGAUGCUAUCAAGGCUGUGCAUAAAAAAGAUUGGCAAACAACCAGCCUCAUGAAAAUUCAGUAUGACACGAGUAUCAGGUGUUCAGAUGCUGCUGCUAUGUUAGCUAAUAUUUCCCGACAUACUCUUUACAUAACAUCUACUAUUGGUUAUAUUGGGGAUCAAGUACGAUUACAUCCAGAAAUUAUCACAGAAACAUAUGAUACCAAAUUAUUAAAGCAGCUUCUCCAUUACAUGCAGGAAGCUAAGCAAAAUACUUCCAAACUUGUCACUCAGUUGGAUAACUUUGAUCACAGCAUCAAAAUAUUGACAGAGAAAAAAAAUUUAGAGCCAAUUAACCACAUAACAGAAUCAAGUAUUGUUAAAAAGCGGCAAUAUUUUCCAUUUUUAAUCCCUCAAACACAACACAAACUUCUAAUGACAAUGACAGUAGCUCUUAUGGGCUUGAUGAUUUGGAAAAAGAACAUUGUUAUUGAUAAGUUCAUUUUAUUCUCUGACCGGAUUCAACACUGGUUUCAUUUUAAGUUCAAUGUCUGCUUCAGUGAAGACAGCAAUGGCUUCUCUCUCUCUAUAAAUAGUAUCUCCAUUGAUGCUUCCAACCGGGGUCUUUCUAUUUUCAUCAUUUCUUUUUCAGCAAACACAAGACAUGUCUUGGCAGCUUCAUCUUUAGCCUGUGCUUUGGCAGUUGCUGUUGACUUGCUUAGAGCCUUUUGA